AUGGGUGACUCACCAAAAGCUCCAAAAGCUUCCGCCUUUCAUCCCACCUUCACUGUCAACAAUAUAAAGAGCGUAAUUCCCAUUGUUCUUCAGAUGGACCGUGCUCAGUACAUCUCCUGGGUCGAGCUAUUCAAGAUUAACGCUCGUGCUCAUCAAGUGUUGGAUCAUAUUCUUCCCUCCCCUGACAACACCGAUGACUCUUCUCCUCUGUCAAAAACAGACCCUGAACUUUGGGCUUGCCUCGAUGCUAUUGUUCUCCAAUGGAUAUAUAGCACCAUAUCCAACGACUUUUUCAAUACCAUCCUUGAACCGAACUCCACUGCCGAGGCUGCGUGGGGUAGAUUGAAAGAUGUUUUCCAGGAUAAUCAAACAAAUCGUGCCGUUCAACUCGAAACUGAAUUUUCUCAAAUUGAUUUGAACAACUUUCCUAACAUCUCUGCCUACUGUUAA